AUGGGCGACAUCGAAGAUACACAAGAAGAAGAGAAGAUAAAAUCUUUAACUGCUUUAUGUACAUCCGAAGAUGAACAUAUGGUCUCAAUGAAUGAGAGGACAAAAGAGUGGUAUGGUAGGCUAAAAGAUUACAUAACUGACGACCGGAGGUACUUAAGGUCGAGCCCUGGAAUGUUGAUGGGAAUGCUGAAUGCAGCGAGUACAACGAUAGGGUUGUUGCCCAUGAACUUGAACAUGCCAAGAAAUCAGAUGAAGGUCGUCUGUAUGAGAUCAAGUGAUGACUCGACUACUAAAUACUUGUCAGACAAUGCUGAGAACAACAAAAGAUGUGUAAUUAGGAAUAAACAGAACCUCUCUCUAAUUGGCAUAAACUUGAGCCCUGACAAGACUUUCUUCUUGCCUGAGGGAAUAGCAGAGUACACUUCUUGGUACAUUGAUGGGAAAUUCGUAUCACAAUAUGGAACAGAGGUUCCUAGUAUCAGACCCCAAGGGAAAUCACCGUACGACGAUUUGUACGCUAUUGCGAAAGGGACUUCUACGCUUCUCCAGACCUUGUCUAUAAACCACUUAGGCGCUACGGCCCGAAUUAGAAUAGGUGUAGCUGCCUGUAAAAGGGUAUGGAGAAUGAAAGAGUUCGCAUCAAACAUAAGGAAGAAUGUUUCUCUUAAAGUUCAAUUAAUAGAGGAUGAAAUGAAACAAUUAAAGACUCUGGGAUAUGUUUCUAAAAAGAGUAAACUGCGCAGUCUUACGCCCAUUUUCGAUGAUAAUGGGAUUCUAAGUCAGUUAAAAUAA